AACUACUCCAUGGUAACAGCAGCACCUGAUCAUGUGAUCUCCUGUCUCCUCCCCUUCAUGUGACUGAUCACAUGACUGUGACAUCGUCGCAGGUCCUGUAACCACAGAUCAGCUGCACAGUCCUCUGCAGGUUCCUGUAUGAGAUUUUUGGAGUUUUUCGAUUGACCUGACAAGCAUGGACAGAGACAAGAUGGUGGAGAGGAUAAUACACCUCACCAUAGAGAUACUCUUCCAGCUUACCGGAGAGGAUUACACGGUGGUGAAGAAGACCUCUAGGUGGCGCCAUCAGGCCCCUGUGUGUGAAGGAUGGGGAAGAACCCUGAGGCCAAUCCCGGGACCUCCACCUCACUCCCUGAUACAUGAGGAGAUGAAUGAGCAGAAGAUCCUAGAACUCACCAACAAGAUGGUGGAGCUGCUGACUGGAGAGGUUCCUAUAAGGUGUCAGGACGUGGCCGUCUAUUUCUCCAUGGAGGAGUGGGAGUAUUUAGAAGGACACAAGGAUCAGUACAUAGCGGACAUAGUCAUGAUGGAGGAUCAGCAGCCCCUCACAUCAGCAGAGAGAUGUCCCCGUCCUCUUCCUCCAGAGGAUUCUUCAGAAGGAGAUGACAAUGUCCUCCAGGAUUAUCAGCUUAUGGAUCAGAGUAAAGAUGUGAAGAACAUUAAUGCUCCAGACAUAAUGGCGAAAGAGGAGACAGAUGUGAGGGGUCAUGAUCCGUGUACAGAGGACGUCCCUACAGCGCCCCCACCAGCAGAUGACGGUACCAGAAGAUCAGAGGGACAUCUGAUGUCUUCACCUUGUAAAGCAGAAGAUGGCGGUAUUACACAAGAUACAUAUAAAGAACAUGUGACUAACCCAGAUCUACCAACAUCAGACCUUCACAGCAAACAUCUGUCAUCUGAUGAGACUGUAACGCAAGAUAGAAAUCCUACAAGAGCUGUUAAAAAACAAAGAACUCACAAAGGGGAGAAACAAUGUUCAGAAUGUGAUAAAUGUUUUCACCAGAAAUCAGAUCUUGUUAGACAUCAGAGAAUCCACACACAGAAGCAGCCAUAUUCAUGUUCCCAAUGUGGGAAAUGUUAUAACCAGCCGUCAUCUCUUGCUAAACAUCAGAGAAGCCACUCAGAGCCAAAGGCAUUUUCAUGUUCAGAUUGUGAAAAAUGUUUUAAAAAGAAGUCACAUCUUGUUACGCAUCAGAGAAUUCAUACAGGGGAAAGGCCAUAUUCAUGUUCAGAAUGUGGGAAAUGUUUUAAGCAGAAAUCAGAUAUUGCUAAACAUCACAGAAUUCACACGGGGGCAAAGCCAUUUUCAUGUCCAGAAUGUGGGAAAUGUUUUCACUUGAAAUCAAAUCUUGUUGUACAUCAGAGAAUUCACACAGGGGAGAAACCAUAUCCAUGUUCAGAAUGUGGUAAACGUUUUAGCAAGAAAUCAGAUCUUAUUAGACAUCUGAGAACUCACACAGGGGAGAAGCUAUUUUUGUGUUCAGAAUGUGGCAAAUCUUUUAACCAGAAAUCACAUCUUGCUAGACAUCAGAGAAUUCACACGUGGCCGAAGUCAUUUUCAUGUUCAGAAUGUAAGAAAGGUUUUAGCCAGAAAUCAGAUCUUGUUAGACACCAGAGAAUUCAUACAGGUGUAAUGCCAUUUUCAUGUUCAGAAUGUGAUAAAUCUUUUAACCAGCAAUCACAUCUUGCUAAACAUCACAAAAUUCACACGGGGGUUUAGCCAUAUAAAUUUUUAGUACCUGGGUAAUGUUUUAACCAUAAAUCAAAUGUUGUUAAAUACCAUAGAAUUCACACUAGAUUGACUCCAUAUUCAUGUUCAGAAUGUGGGAAAUGGUUUACAGAUGAAUUAAAUCUUUUUAAAGAGAAUGGAAGAGAAAUCACUUUCAUGUUCAGAAUGUGGGAAAUAUUUUAACAGAAACCAGAUCUGCUUAGUAUCACAUGGAGACGGGGCAUUUUUACAAUAUGGGAUCUGUCAUAGAGGUAAAUGAAAUCUUAUUAUUGGGAAGAGAUUUUCAGGAUCAGGAUCUUAACAAGGAAAUCAAUCUAAUCUUAUUAGACAUCAGGGAAUUUACAGAUGGGAAUGACCAUGAAAUCACUUCAUGAGGGGGCGUGGCUAUGACAUCAGGAGCUCCCGGCGCCGGCUCCAGCGUUCGCAACGGUUUGUUCCAAACAUUGAGCAGUGGAGUACCCCUUUAAGGGGUUAAGUCCAAAUAAUCAGAAAGGUCAGUGAUUUUAGGCUAUAAGAUCAGAAUAUUGGACCAUAUAAAAUUCAUACAAUCUGCCUCUAUGACAAGGAAAAUAAGUUUGGUAGCUGCAGCGAAAACUGUAAAAUCGAUGGAUACACAGAAACAAAUGCUACCAGGACCAGGUGAACAUAAUUGACUUAAGUGAAAGAAGAUACUUUUAAUAAUCUCUUCCGACGUGUUUCUGGGCUGCACCAACGCCUUCAUCAGGUACCAAUGAAAAAACAUAAAAACAAGUAUAAAGACAAAGACCGAUCCUGACAUCACCCAUAGGUUACGUUACAUCGACGAUACACAGGACGGACAAUAUUAGAUUAUAGGAUAUAAAAAACACAAUGACCAUAAGAUGUUACCUACAGGUCUUCUCUAUAACCUCCUAUAGACCCUCCGUCCGUGAUGUCUUUUCUCCAGGAGGAGGGAGCACCCCCUUGUCUUUUCUCCAGGAGGAGGGAGCGCCCCCUUGUCUUUUCUCCAGGAGCAGGGAGCGCCCCCUUGUCUUUUCUCCAGGAGGAGGGAGCGCCCCCGUGUCUUUUCUCCAGCUGGAGGGAGCGCUCCCUUGUCUUUUCUCCAGCUGGAGGGAGCGCCCCCGUGUCUUUUCUCCAGCUGGAGGGAGCGCCCCCUUGUCUUUUCUCCAGGAGGGGGGAGCUCCGCUUUGUCUUUUCUCCAGGGGGAGAGAGCGCCCCCUUAUCUUUUCUCCAGGAGGAGGGAGCGCCCCCUUGUCUUUUCUCCAGGAGGAGGGAGCGCCCCCUUGUCUUUUCUCCAAGAGGAGGGAGCGCCCCCUUGUCUUUUCUCCAGGAGGGGGGAGCGCC